AGGCUCCUCCCAUCACCUCGCAAAGUUCGGAGCCGGCUGAGCGUCUUCGCUUCUCCCUCCCGCGGGAGGCUGAGCCGGGGAGGCGGCGGCUCGGCGGCUCCAUGCCCCGGCGCCAUGGGGAACGGCAGCGCCGGGGCCGCCCCGUGCAACGGCACCGCUCCGCCGCCUCCUCCUCCUCCUCCUCCAGCCGGCCACAACAUCGCCGCCCUGGUGCUGGGCAUCGUUCUCAUCCUGCUCAUCGUCGGGGGCAACGGGCUGGUGUGCCUCAGCGUGUGCACGGAGCGGGCGCUCAAGACAACCACCAACUAUUUCAUCGUCAGCCUCGCCGUCGCCGACCUGCUGCUCGCCCUCCUCGUCCUGCCUCUCUACGUCUACUCCGAGUUUCAGGGUGGUGUGUGGUCCCUCAGCACUGUCCUCUGCGAUACCCUGAUGACCAUGGAUGUGAUGCUGUGCACAGCUUCCAUCUUCAACCUCUGUGCUAUCAGCGUGGAUCGGUUUAUCGCUGUUUCAGUCCCGCUGAACUACAACCGGCGACAGAUCGACCUGCGGCAGCUGAUCCUCAUCUCCACCACGUGGAUAUUCGCCUUUGCUGUGGCAUCCCCAGUCAUAUUCGGCCUCAACAAUGUCCCGAACCGGGACCCCAGCUUGUGCCAGCUGGAGGAUGACAACUACAUUGUGUACUCCUCCAUCUGCUCCUUCUUCAUCCCUUGCCCCGUCAUGCUGGUGCUCUACUGCGCCAUGUUCCAAGGACUCAAGCGCUGGGAAGAAGCCAGGAAGGCCAAGCUAAGGGGUGGCAUCUACGGGGGCAACAGAAUGCUCUAUCACCCCUCACCCUUCAUUGAGAGAGAGCGGGUUGGCAUGGAGCCGGACGAGUACCACCAUUAUUCACACCCUGAGCACUCCCUUUCCGGGGACUAUGUGAUAAGCAAUGGGCUCCAGACUGUCUCCUACCCACACCUCAAGUACCCACACCCGGCACACAGUCAGAAGCGGGCCAAGAUCAACGGCCGGGAGCGGAAGGCCAUGAGGGUACUGCCUGUGGUUGUUGGUGCUUUCCUCUUCUGCUGGACACCUUUUUUUGUGGUCCACAUUACAAGGGCUCUAUGCAAGUCCUGCAUCAUUCCCACUCAAGUCACCAGCAUCGUCACCUGGCUGGGUUACGUCAACAGCGCCGUCAACCCCAUCAUUUACACUGUUUUCAACGCCGAGUUCAGAAACUUCUUCCGCAAAGUCUUGCACCUUUUCUGCUGAGCUCGCGGAACUGGAGGGAACAACCAGGAUAACUUUGUAUAGUUCAUUAAAGAUCUAUUUCUGCCUAAGGUCUGCUGUCUUUGUUGGGGAGGAGGGAAGGAAGAAAGAUGGUUCCAGGAUGGCAGCUUGAGGACAGUGGUUCCCAGCCCUCUGUCUCCACUGUGAGAAGUUACAGGUGAGUGCAGUGGUUACAGCUUGGGUAUUCCUCUCACUGGAAGCUGCAGGCGUAGCCACUUCAAGCUUGGUGCUUGAUGUAGACAUCAAGAGACCCCACAAGACAGCGGAUAUUGCACAGCAUGGCUAUCUUCUGACUACUGAUUUUCAUGCAGGGCUCUUAUUUUCCAAGGGGUAAUUUAUGUGCUUAGAAAUAAAAGACUUGUUAGGAGGUCCUGAGUUUUUUUUUUGACUAAGGAUAACGAUUGCUUCAUCAAUUUAUCAUCAACAAACAAACAGGUUAUGAUGCCACAACAAUUAUACUGCAGUCUUAUAAGUUCAGUGUUGUAUAGGGGGUAGCUCCCCAAAUGCCAGGGCCCUGAUGAGAAGCUUCUAGAGAACUUUAAUCACACAUGAGUCAUACCUACACAUCUUCAUUGUUGUCCCACUCAUGCUCUUCAGAAUCUCCUUAAUCAGAAGAUGCAAUAAAAACAAAAUUCAGACUGUAACCAAAGCAUUAGAUAUACUCAUCCACAAGCAGCAUAGUGACGAUACUGGAGAGCUUUCUGCAUCGGUAUAAAUUGCUGCUCAGUUAUCUGCACAAACGUGGGUUUGGCAAGCAUGGAUGCAGUAUGGCUGUGCUCAUCCCUUUGUGUAGCUGCAGUUGUCCCUGAACCAACACAGAGCUCCGCUCCCAGUCCAGCAGUGCUCUGCAAGGAUGUUCCUCUGGGGGGAAUGCAAGAUGCAGCUGAGAACAAGUGGGUGCUUAAACCAAAACACGCAGGGUGUUCAGCACGACGCACUGCUUCCUUUAGUCAGAACCUUAAUGAGCAAUAGAUGGAGGCAACAAACCUUGUAAAUUAGUUGUAUUGUUGUGGGUUCAAUUAAGAGCAUCUUUUCCAUUAAGUAAUUAUCUUAAAGAGUUAGAAAACUGGCACUCAUCAUGUAAGAAGAAACGAUUGCAAAUACUGAAGGAUGACUUUGGGGAAGCUUGAAGAGUGGGUACGUUGCUUGCGAUGGGUUUCUACGGAAUUGCCUGUUUCCCUCCCCAGAGUGCUCCAUGUGUAAUUUCUGUUCUCAGCCUGCAAAGCUCAUGCUUGGCUUCCCACUAAGGAAUGGUUUCCUUGAGAGGAGGGGGGCACACUGCUACCUUCCUUCCAUCAGUACUGGUCCUCACUCUCAGCACCAAGAUGAAAACUCAUUCCAGUGAGCAACUAGAAAGUUAGUAACAGCAACCACAGCCUAAAUUAUCAAAGCAGCAUGUUAUUAAUUAAAGCAUUUUGGAGUAGUGAAUAAAGCCAAUAACCUCUUAAUGCUCACCACUGCUUUAAUUAGGAGCUACUAAGCAGCAGUGAGAGGCCAGAACUCUCCGUGCACUCUUACUUGGAGGUUGCUCAAAUUUUGGCACUGCAGUCAGGGCAUGCUGCUGUGCUGAGAGCUGCUCCUCCCCACUGUCACAUCACAUUCACACUGAUGUCCUGCAAAGACUAAGAGCCAACACCUCUCUGUGCAAAACUCCCUGCAGAAGCACCCCUCGCAUGCUGCAUUUGUCCACGUGCCUUCAUCACAUUUUAUUGAGCAAGAUGUGAUUUUUCAGUCGUAUUCAAGUGCAGAAGUUUCAAUGUGUUCCAAAUUUCUCCAGCAUAGAGGGAACACAGAUAAACAAAAGAAAACAAAGUCCUUCCAAAGGCAAAUUAAGAAUUUGUACUUUUUCAAGGCAAUUAAAUAAACCAAAUGAGGGAUCAUUCCUUUUUCCAAAUAAGAGGUAGGGAGGCAUGGGGAAAACAGAACAACAGCAAAUCUAAUUGCAGCAACUAUUCUUAAUCCAUCUC